AUGUUCGUCGAGCUCGUCGUCGGCCUUUGGAACAACAGUCUAGGACUCAUAAGCGAUGCGGGACACAUGUUGUUCGAUAGUUCCGCGCUUGUGAUCGGGUUGAUCGCUUCGUAUAUGGCGCAAUGGCCAUCCAGUCCGACUUAUUCCUUCGGAUUCAAACGCGUGGAAGUGCUUUCGGGGCUUGUGAAUGGCGUGUUUCUGGUAUUCGUGGGCUUCAGCGUGGCGAUGGAGUCGCUGGAGCGCCUUCACAAUCCCCCUGAAGUGGGCGACAAUCAGUUAAUGGCGACUUCGGUGGGCGGUUUGCUGGUCAAUCUGAUCGGACUUGUGUUUUUCCAUGAUGUGAGUCAUGCAGGACACGAUCAUGGACACGAUCAUGGACACGAUCAUGGACAUUCGCAUGGACAUUCGCAUGGACACGAGCAUAACGAUAACAUGCACGGCGUGUUUUUGCACGUGUUGGCUGAUACGUUAGGAUCCGUCGGCGUGAUUCUGUCCACCUUUUUGAUUCAAAAAUACGGUUUGUGGAUCGCCGAUCCGAUCUGCGCGUUCAUCAUCUCCGUUCUCAUUCUGCUGUCGGUAUUCCCGCUGGUGAAUCAUUCGUCGCGUGUCCUGCUUCACUAUGUCCCAGAAGGAAAGGAGUCGCUCUGGCAGAGCGUGAAAGAAGCGAUCUGCGCGAUGGAAGGUGUGCGAGGAAUCGCGUCUCCGCAGUUUUUCGUGUAUACGGGAGACGAAACGGUGUGUUCGAUGCACAUUUUAGUGGUGGAAGGGAAGGAAAUGGAGGUGUGGAAGAACGUGAAAGCUUUGUUGGAGCAGGUGGGAAUCCAUGAUAGCGUGGUGCAGGUGACAUCGCGAGGAAGAGAAGAGGAUUAUGAGAAGUUUGUAAGCUCUGGAACGGAUCCCAAUCGAGUGAUCCGUUCAUUUAUGGAGAAUUAUUCGCAUCACGAUCACGAUCACGAACAUGAACAUGAACAUGGACACAAUCACAACCAUUCCUUCCAUCAUUCGCACAGUCAGAAUCAUGCCCAUAGCCAUUCUCAUGCUCACUCCGAUGAUUCGGAUGAUCAUUCUCACGAUUCAGAUGAUCAUUCUCAUGAUUCCGACGAUUCUUCCGACGAUCAUUUCCAUCCUCCCGCUUCCUCCAACUUCACUCAACGCUCUCGAAAACUCCUUGUAAGCUCUGGUAAACUUGAUUAG